GUAAGGGGCUGGAUCUUUGCAAAGGGUGGUGGGCGCUCGCUGGACUCCGGAGGGGUGGCCGCGCUGUGACGCCAAGGCCUACAAGGGGUCCCUAUGAGCCCUGCAGCUCUGUUUUGAUUUAAAUCCUGUGGAUUCUUGUACCAUCUACAAGGGACAGCGGCUAGCUAGUGGCUUGGAUUCUUAUUUUUAUUUUAGGUUUAUUUAUUUAUGUUAUUUUAUAUGUAUAGGUGUGUUGCCUGCACACCAGAAGAGGACAUUGGAUCCUAUAGGAUUACAGUUAAACUCUUGAAAGCCGCUUUAUGGGUGCUGGGAAUUACACUGAGGACUGUAGUAAGAGCAGCCAGUGUAUCUCAGGGUUGCCCUUUGCUUUUAAAUGCAAUUUGAAAUUCAUGACAUGUUUGUUAAGCUUCUUGGUUUUUGCUUUUUGAGGGGGAAAAUGCACGUGGUUCAUGUUGGCUUCACCGUUGCUAUGGGUGAAAGAAUGUUCCUCAUCUUCUCAUCUUUCUACCUCUGCCUCCUGAGGGCUGAGCUUAUAGGCACGGCUUCCAUACCUGGUUUAUGAUGCUGGGGAUUGAACUCAAGGCUUCAUUCAUCUUUGGUAAACACUCCAGUGAGUUCCAGCUUCGGGCAUUGAGCUUAUGGCUACUGGUGACUUUAGGGAGGACUAUCAGAUUUCCCUUUAGGGCUCCUUUGAUGUUUUGUUUGGGAUUGUAAAGCUCAGAUUACACUGUAUUUCUCAUGUUUAUCUGUCCUCUUAGCUCUUCAUGGAUUACCCAAAGCCUGUCUUACAUCUUAUUUAUUUCAGAGUUAUUCCCCAGACAUGCAGGGAAAUCAUAAAUAUUUAAGAAAUAAACAACUGCUGGAUGUAGGUUGGUGGACUGUGUGGUUUCUAUAGAGAAGAGCCUUAAAGUGACUUGUCCAAGAGAACCUUCUUAGAUGUCGUGGCUGAUAGGACUCUUGCUGGCAAACCUGAUGACCUGUAUUCAAUCCUCAGAGCCUUGACAGUAGAAGAGAACCAGCUCUCAAAAGUUAUCUCUUACCACAUGCUUGCUCUCUCUAGUAAGUAAAAACAAAUGUUAACCAUGUAAGAGAGAAAACCAGGACUAGCAUUCAAGUUAGCUGACUUAACCUGUGGCACUUGCUGUCAGAUGAACAUGAAAAUAAGCUCUGGCACAUGCCCUUCCUUGCUGUCUUCAGCCCAGAGCAAACUCCAUCUUAGACCUGAGAGAGAUCACUGUGCUGCUUUUUCUAAUAUUGAUUCUACACAGGCAAGUGCAAAGCAAAGGUUCCAGAAAACCCACUUCACCACUCCGUCCUCAGCUUUCCAGAAUGUCCUGGGAGCCCGUGUGGACAAACCAGCUAAAGAUUUCUGGCCCGCUGUGGUGACACAUGCAGCCAAGACCUACCAUGAUGAACAGUACUCUCUGAGAGCUGAGAUAAACCCUUCAAUUUGCCUUUGUACAUACUUUGUAGCAACAAGACCAGUAGCUAAGGUGACAACAGCAUGGCUGUGUCCCAGACCUUCCUAAUGGGACCUACCCAUGAGCCUGCAAAUGCCCUGAUAGAGCCUCUGCCUUGCACUCAAAGCUUGGCUCAGGGCUUCCUGGAGGAAGAGCUUCGACUCAAUGCUGAGCUGAGCCAGCUUCAGUUUCCGGAGCCUGUGGGAGUCAUCUACAACCCGGUGGAUUAUGCUUGGGAGCCACACCGUAACUACGUGACCCGCUACUGCCAAGGCCCCAAAGAAGUGCUGUUCCUGGGCAUGAACCCAGGACCUUUCGGCAUGGCGCAAACUGGGGUACCUUUUGGGGAAGUGAAUGUGGUCCGGGACUGGUUGGGUGUUGGGGGCCCUGUGAUGACUCCUCCCCAAGAGCACCCCAAGCGACCAGUGUUGGGACUGGAGUGCCCACAGUCAGAGGUGAGCGGAGCCCGAUUCUGGGGCUUUUUCCGGACCCUCUGCGGACAGCCUCAAGUCUUCUUUCAGCACUGCUUUGUCCACAAUCUGUGUCCUCUACUCUUCUUGGCUCCCAGUGGACGAAACCUUACCCCAGCUGAGCUGCCCGCCAAGCAGCGGGAGCAACUGCUGUCGAUCUGUGAUGCAGCCCUCUGCCGGCAGGUGCAACUGCUAGGGGUGCGGCUGGUAGUGGGAGUGGGGCGGCUGGCAGAGCAGCGAGCCCGAAAAGCUCUAGCAGGGCUGACCCCGGAAGUGCAGGUGGAGGGGCUCCUGCAUCCGUCUCCUCGAAGCCCACAGGCCAACAAAGGCUGGGAGGCAGCAGCCAGGGAAAGACUCCAAGAGUUGGGGCUGCUGCCUCUGCUAACAGAUGAGGGUUCAGCCGGGCCUACGCUGUAGAGACCCCAGCCGGUGUUGCUGGUCUCCAUGUUACAUUCAGCCUGCUGGGCUGUCCUCUAAUGGUCCAGGGUGGGCAGUUCUCCUGCUGUCUUCCCUUUCCCUCGAGCCUCUCACCCUUUUGUUUCCAGUGUCUGGUUCUGCACAGCAGAGGGUUGGGCCUGUGCACUACACCUACCACAUCGUUGCCUUGGGAGCCCCUGUGUGCAGAGGGUCCUAGGUCGGGAUGUCUGAAGUCAUAUUGUAGUUUUGGAGGAAAGAUCACUUUUGUUUAAUAUUUCCUGUUCUGCUUUUUAUUGGCAUUAUGUUUGGCAUUGCAUCAUAUACACUAGCAAAGUUCUCUGAUGCUGAUCUACCUCAGCCUUUUUUUUGACACUAACUGUACAUACUACUGGGGUUCAGUGUGAUGUUUUCACACAGGCAUUCAGUGUACACUGAUGGAGUCCAACCUCCCUUUAUCAGUCCUCUCCAUACUUCCUCUUCCCCAGUCAGUGGACAAUCUUUCCAGAGUCCCUAAUCUUCCUUACAGAACAUUUGGCAGACUCCUGUCCUUCCAGAGACUAGGACAGACAUCAUGUUGAGAAUGAACUUUUUAGCCAGGUAUCCUGGCACACUCCUAUAAUCCCAGCACUUAGAGGCAGGAGGAUCAGGAGUUCAAGGCCACCUUUAGCUACAUAUUGAGUUCAAGGCCAGCCUGGAAUACAUUAGUCUCUGUCCCAAAAAUAAGUAAGUAAAUGAGUAAUAAAAAAGUGAACUUCUUCAGGGAGACCAAAGCUGCAUCUGAGGGAGACUUCUGUGUGGUAGACUAGGAAAGAUCUAGAUUUUCAUCCCUCCCCUUUUUCCCUAUAAGGCCUGUGAACUUUUUGUUUGUUUUGUCUUUUUUUGGGGGGGGGAGUUGGAUUUGGUUUUUUGGAGACAGGGUUUCUCUGUAUAGCCCUGGCUGUCCUGGAACUCAGUCUGUAGACCAGGCUGGCCUCGAACUAAGAAAUCCGCCUGCCUCUGCCUCCCAGAGUGCUGGGAUUACAGGCUUGUGCCACCACCGCCUGGCUGCCUGUGAACUUUUAAAAACAUUUAUUUACUUACUUAUUUUGGUUUUUUGAGGCAGGGUUUCUCUGUGUUGCCCUCACUAUCCUAGAACUCACUUUGUAGACCAGGCUGGCCUCAAACUCAGAGAACUUAUAUUAAACAAACACACACACACACACACACACACACACACACACACACACACACACACACACGCACGCACGCACGCACGCACGCGCGCGCUCCCUCUGUUUUUAAAAUUUGAGACAAGGUCUCAUUGUGUUGGCCUGUAGCUCAUUAUGUAGACCAGAUCCACUUUGACCUCACAAGAAAUCUACCUACCUCUGCCUCCUGAGUGCUGGGGUUAGAAGGAUGCACCACCCUGCCUGACCUGUUGAUGAACAACCUCUCUAAGCACCAAGAUCCUUUUAUAAAAAAGGGUGCUGCCUCCUUGCACUGGCAUGGGGUGUGAGGAUCAACUGAGAUAACACUGUAGAGUGCUUUGCAAAAGGCUGGCAUGUGGCCCUCACUACACACACACUUUCUGCUCGCCUCCCUUCGAGGUGGGGUGUAUCAGUGCACUACAUGGGUAUUCCCCAUCCACUCCUUUGUCUAUUAACUUGCUCGAGAAGGACCAGUGUUACAAGAAACUCAGCCUCUGAUUUUUCAGACUGAGCAUUAAAGACUUCUAAGCCUUGUGUUGUUUCUCUCUUCUCUUCCUGCACUUCAUUGGUGGGAGAAUGAUUUUAAGAUAUUUCCUCCCUUUUCUUACCUAUUCACUGUUUGCAAAAAACUUUUCUCAGGUAGCUUGGGGAGGAGUGACAGAAACCUCUGAUUGCCCUAGCCAAGCUACAGGGGUUUUGGUAGGGGCCUGUCCUGAAGUUCGUCAGGUACUUGGGCACUGUUGGGGACAGGACGAUAGGGAGCUGGUGUCUCAUCUGUCUCUUCAACGGUUGGUUGGAUGAUCUGUGGUAAGGGCUGGAAAGUGAGCCACAGUGAGAGCAGGUCUUGGGACCAUCUUACUGAGGACAUGUGGUCUCCCUAUCUCCUGGGAUACAAGUCAUCUCCAGCAUUCUAAAUAUUAAUAUAUUUCUAUCUCAGCUCCAGAGAGGGAGACUAAAUCUUUGAGGAUUCCCCAGUGUAGAAGUGCCGUAAUUAUUCAUGUUGGGGCCUCAGAGCAUUCCAGGAUUUGUUGAACUUUGACUCAGGAUGGAAGCCAACCCUCCAGAAAGACCAUCCAUAUGCUUUGAGGGUUGGGGCUCAGCCUGAAUGCCAGAAUAGGACCAGGAUAGAGAUCGAGUUCAGCCACAUGACCCAUGAUCUUAACCAGUUCUCCCUCCACAGUGACCCUGACACAGUGUCUCUUGGACACUGGAAUUUCUGCUAAGGUUACUGGUUGGUGAACACAUGUAUAUGUGUGUUUCUUUUUGGGUAUUUGGUACUGGUGUGUGUAUUUGUUCAUUUGUUUAUUCAUUCAUUCAUUUAUUCAUUCAUUCAUUCAUGUAUGUGCUCUGUUUAUCAUUUUGGAGUUCUGGCCAUUGAGCCCAGAAUUUUGCAUUUUAUGGGUGGGAAGCAUGCACUGCUCUAUCAUUGAGUUACAUCCCUUGAUUUGUAUUUGUGAUAAAUUGUAAUAAACGGUGUUUUAUCCCCCUGA